ACAGGGAACAGGGGAGAGGGGAAAAAAGGACGCUUUUAUAGUCCCAAAAAGACAGGGGGGAGGAGGAGGGGAAGUUCCUCUUCUACUUCUUCGUGUAAAAGUUAACAGGGGUGGGGAGAGGACAAAAAUAUUAGGAGAGAGAGAAAUUUAGAAGUUAGUAUAAGUAUAGUGAUCUAAGAGUGUUACACUGUGGACUAAGACGAAAUAACUCGUGCUCUCACCUUUUAUAUAUCAUAAAAGGUAUGAAUUUAUACGUUGUGAGCAGUAUUAUUGUGGUUGGUCUUACCAUGACCACCGCUGCAUCCGACGUAUUGAUCCUUGGAUCUACGUCUAUGGGGUUUGCUGAGAAACAGGAAUCGUCUAAGGUUCAUUGUCGAUAUAGUAAGGCCUAUUCGAUGCUACAAGUUAGAUGUUCUGACCCAAAAUUAGAAGAAAUUCCUCGUGAUUUAAAUUCUAAUAUACAGAUCCUUGAUGCAUCAUUCAGCCGAAUACGUGAUCUGCACAACGACAGUUUUUCAUCGUACACAAAAUUGGCCUUCAUUUAUCUUGGCGAUAAUUUUAUACAAAACAUCGAAGAAUCCGCAUUCUCACGACAAUAUUAUCUCGAAGUUCUCGAUCUAACAAAAAAUGGUUGCGACAAUUUACCAAAGAAUCUCUUUCAAUUACCCUACUUGCGUAAAGUUUAUCUUGCAGUUAACAAAUUUGGCGAUUCUGUGUUUCAAACUGAAGUAACAUCGCCUCUUAAUUUUCUUCAAUUGCAUCGCAACAAAUUAACCAAAUUACCGGAAAUGGGAUAUUUACCAACACUUACGCAAUUAAACGUUUCCGAAAAUAUGAUUACGAAAAUAACAACGAGAGAAUUGGCGCGUUUUUGUAAUUUAAAAUCGCUCGAUGCUACGAAAAAUCCGCUCAAUCUUGAAGAAGACAAUUGCGAAUGCGUCGUUAUGAAAAGUUGGUUGAAAUUACGUGAGAUUAAAUUCAAGCCUGAUUACAAUUGUACACCUGCGGCGUUUAAACGUUGCAAUGGAAAAAAUGUCACCUUUAGCAAUGACACUUUAACGAUCUACGAUGAAUGUACAAACAUCCUCAGGAUACAAAUGCAAACGAAAAAAACACGUAACAUGUGGAUCAUCUUGGCAUCUUCGGCAGCCUGUUUCAUAUUUAUAGCAUUUCUCGUAUUACUAUGUUUACAUAAACGUAACAAAAGGAAGAAAGAUAAAUUAAUGAAGGAACAACAACGUAUUGCUGCCAAUAAUGCUAAUACCCAAUUACUAAAUAGCAAUUUGAAACACGAAAGUGAAAAAUAAAAUAUACUACUUUCAUUUUUAUUUUGAGGAUUUUUUUCCUCUAACGGAGGAGGAGAAUGGAAAAAAAAUGGUUUCUUCUUUUCAUAUUUUUUUUUUUUUCUUGUUAAUCGUAAAAUAUAAAAGUUGAGCAUUUUUCUCUCGUUUACCUCACAGCAAGCACGGAUCCAUUUUUUCUUCUUCUUCUUCUUCUUCUUUUUCUUCUUUGCUACGAUCGAAAGAUUUCAUCGUUAUCGAGGAUAUUGAACUUAAGGAGAAAAGCCGAAGAAGAAGAAGAAGAAGGGAUUGGGGGAGGGGAGGGGGUAGGGUGGCAAAAGAGGUUUCGAUACCUUAAGGAGAGUAUUUGGCCCCUACCCUACCCCCAUCCCCUCUUCAUCGUUGUGUUUGCUCCUCUAGGGAAUACUUUCAAGAGGAUUUACGUUGAAAACGUUCAAGUAUAAGUCUCAGGUAGACUCGCAGAACAACAACGACGUAUCUUUUGGGACUGUGAUCUCUCUCUCUCUCUCUCUCUCUCUCUAUCUCUCUCUCUCGUGUUUGAGUAUGAAAGUUUAUGUAUGCUCUGGUAGAAUUUCACAGUGUAUGUAUGUAAUGUAUGUGUAUAUGUACUUAAGCCUUAAAAACUAUUAUAACUUGGCAUAUUAUCGUUCGUUCGUUCGUUCCUUGUAUUUUUUCAUUUAUUUUUAUUCUCGUCACCCGUUAUAUAAUUUUUUG